UAUAAAAGGGCCACCCCCUGUUUUGUGGCUCGUGGGGAUUGCGAUAUCGCCUUGUCUGUAGCAACAACGACAUCUGCGUUAUCAGGUACACAGCGCACAGCCAGAAACAGAAACAGACACACUCCGACAUGCCACUCACACCCACGGAACUCGCCCAGUUCGAAGAGGACGGCUGCGUGGCCAUUGUCAACUACUUGGACAAGUUCACGGUCAAGAAACUCAACGGGGAGAUCGAGAAGCUUCUCGAGGCGUCGAACAUCGACAACCACCCGAAGAUCAAGUUCACGACGGGCAAGGACAAAGACGGGCACAUCGGGGACAAGUACUUUCUCGACUCGUCAGACAAAAUCCACUACUUCUUCGAGCCGGAGGCCAUCUCGGACGACACGCACGAGUUCAAGGUCCCCGUGGACAAGGCGGUCAACAAGAUCGGCCACGGCUUGCACUUCCUCAACGACGAGUUCAACGCGGUGACCGUCACGGACGACGUGGCCUCCAUCUGCAGACAGUUGGGGCUGCGGGACGCCAAGGCUGUCCAGAGCAUGUGCGUCAUCAAACAGCCGCACAUCGGAGCAGAGGUGCCUCCCCACAACGACGCAGAGUUCCUCUACACCGACCCGGUCUCCUGUGUGGGCUUCUGGUUUGCCUUGCAGGACUGCACGGUCGAAAACGGCUGUUUGGAGUUCAUUCCGGGCUCCCAGAAGCUCCCAUUGCAGAAGAGGUUUGUCAAGGACAUGAAAAAGGGGUUCGGCACCAAGUUUGCUGAGCUGGACGACCCGAAGGCAGACUACGUCGAGCCGGCAGACGUCAAAGAAAGAUUCAGUGACGACUCCCUCUUCAGGAAAGUUAUCAUCCCGGCAGGCACCUUGGUGCUCAUCGAUGGCUCCGUCAUCCACAAGUCGGGCAAAAAUUCGUCAGACCACUCGAGAAACGCAUACACCUUCCAUGCAGUUGACGGUACGGCGAAAUACGAUGAGUACAACUGGCUCCAAAUCCCACCUGCACAUCCAGCAGGCUCUGACAACUUUACUAGAUUAUAUAAAAACUUCGAAUAGUUUUCCUUCUUCUUCAGUUCUUACUUUUUACUUCGAACUUGUAUUUACUCCAAUACACUCUUCUUUCUCCUCUUCGUGCUGCUCUCCGUCU